AUGGAGCCGCAGCAUGCUGCUCAAAUCCGAGAAGCGUGGGCCCAGAGUCCAACAUUUCUCGAGUUAACACCCAAGGAAAAGCGCGUGCCGGUGAAGGGAAAGAGAAACAUCUUGAUCACCUCUGCUCUUCCCUACGUGAAUAAUGUACCGCAUCUGGGUAAUAUCAUUGGAUGCGUCCUUAGUGCGGACGUAUUUGCGAGGUACUGCCGCAUGCGUGGACAUGAAACGCUGUACAUUUGUGGCACAGACGAAUACGGAACUGCUACGGAAACAAAGGCACUACAAGAAGGUGUAACGCCCAAGGAGGUGUGCGAUAGAUACCAUGUAAUCCAUAAGAAGAUCUAUGAGUGGUUCAAUAUCGAGUUUGACAUAUUUGGGCGAACAACAACAUCGCAGCAGACUGAAAUUGCACAAGACAUCUUUCUGAAGCUCCACGAAAAUGGAUACACGUCUUCGUGUUCGAUUGACCAGUUGCAUUGUCAAAACUGCGAU